UUUGUAUCACGUUACCUAACGUCUUUCUUUCCUCCGUUUCCCCACCACGCACCACGCCUCGCGCCUCGCCGACGCGUCCGUGCGCACCUGGCACCACCACCGUCCACCGGAGAGGCGGAGCCGAGCAAGGCGAGGAGGCGACUCGAUGGAGUUGGCGUCGGGGGACGAUGAGCUGAAAUCGCUGCUCCAGAACUUCCAUCGCGUCUCCCAGGGGUACAAAGAUGCACUUAUGGAGGUCCAGGCUUUAAGAGUAAAUUGCAACACUGAGUUCAAAAGGCGUGAAGCUCUUGAAUCACAUAUUACAGAUCUUAAGAAAGAUAAUGAGCGAUUAAGAAGACUAUACACAGAAACUUUAUUCAAGUUCACCAACCAGGUGAAAUUCCACGCAGAAGCUCAAAGCCUGAAAGAAGAGCUGGAAAAGGCAAAUAGUAGAUUGAUAUCCAUGGAAGAGGAGCACAAGAGGGAAGCUGAGCAACUUAAGCACAGCAGUGAAAUGAAUAGCAAUGACCUGGAGAACAAACUCAGCCACGCCCUUGUUCAGCAAGCAAGAGAUGAAGCUGCAAUGAAGCAACUGAAGUCGGAGCUGAGUGCCCAUAAAGCUCACAUCGACAUGUUAGGUAGCAGGUUGGAGCAGGUCACUGCUGAUGUGCAUUCGCAGUAUAAAAAUGAGAUCCAGGAUUUGAGGGAUGUGAUUUCAGUUGAACAAGAGGAGAAAAAGGACAUGCACAGGAAGCUUCAGAAUGCAGAAAACGAGUUGAGGAUCACGAGGAUGAAGCAGGCGGAGCAGCAAAGGGAUUCUGUCUCGGUCCAGCACGUGGAGACGCUGAAGCAGAAGGUGAUGAAGCUCCGGAAGGAGAACGAGUCCCUGAAGAGGAGGCUGGCGAGCUCUGUAGCCUGAACAUGAAAACUGCAGCUGCUUUCCUUCACGCCGUAGCUUUAUCUCCUACUGUCAGAUUUAGGAAAAUCCAAUGCUCCGAGAACACAUAUCACACUGCCGGUUGCUUUGAAACUGGCUACAGCCGGCAGUGAUUGGUACGUUUUCAUUGACAGUUAUUGUCACCAACCGACAGACUCAUAACUUUUUUCGUAUGAAAUCAUACGAAGAUUAACUUUAUAUCAAAAUUGUAAAGUUCAACAAGACCUAUAAUUUUUUAGUUGACAACAUUUUCAUAACUGAGAUGAUUUAUUAGAUGUUCAGAUAUUCAAUAUAA